AUUCCAUAUUCCAUAACAACUCUAUAAGAAAUAUCAAGCACAUUCCACUAUCCAUAUUUCAAUUUAGCAACAAACCAAAAUCAUUUCAAUUCUUAUUCUCUUGAGCAUAUAAUUAACACAAAUCAUUCCAACAAACUAAAAAUGGCAUCUAAGAAUAUUUCAUGGGAGAGCAUUCUACCUAGUUGUUUCAAACCAAAAGUAUCAAAACACAAACCUAAACUCAAACAUAGAUCCAAAACUGAACCAAAACGAGUAGUACCAGCUUCUCCUCAAAGGAUAUCCAUCUCAGACAUAAACAACCCCAAUUCUGAGAUUUCGAUCAACGAUCUUUCGAGCUCAUUAAUCGGAUCAAAUCUUCAAGUAUUUACACUUGAUGAGCUUAGGAUCAUCUCUAACAACUUCUCUUAUACGGGUAAUUUCAUUGGCGAAGGCGGAUUCGGAGCUGUUUAUAAAGGGUUCAUUGAUGAUAAGCUUAGACCUGGGUUGAAAGCUCAAGCUGUGGCUAUUAAAGUCUUGGAUUUAGAAGGAUCACAAGGCCAUAAUGAGUGGCUGGCAGAAGUUAUAUAUCUUGGUCAGUUAAGGCAUCCUCAUUUGGUGAAGUUGAUAGGGUAUUGCUGUGAAAAUGAACAGAGAGUUCUUGUUUAUGAAUAUAUGUCUCGAGGCAACUUAGACAACCAAUUAUUCAGACGGGUCUCUGUUGCCUUACCAUGGUUGACAAGAAUGAAAAUUGCACUCGGAGCUGCCAAAGGCCUCGCAUUCCUUCAUGAAGCAAAUAAGCCUGUGAUUUUAAGAGAUUUCAAGGCUGCCAAUAUUCUCUUAGAUUCGAAUUUCAAAGCAAAAUUAUCAGAUUUUGGAUAUGCAAGAGAUGGACCAGAAGGAGAUAAAAGCCAUGUAACGACUGAACACAUUCUAGGCACCAAAGGCUAUGUAGCUCCCGAAUAUGUAAUGACAGGUCAUUUAACAACCAUGAGUGACGUCUAUAGUUUUGGAGUAGUUCUUCUAGAGAUAUUGACUGGCAAAAGAUGCAUGGACAAAACUCGUCCUCGUAGAGAACAUUGUUUAGUUGAAUGGGCUAGACCAUUCCUCAAGGACUCGAGAAAAAUUGCUAUGAUCAUGGACCCAAGGCUUGACGGUCAAUACUCGGUUCAAGGGGUGAAAGUCACGACUAUGCUAGCCUAUCAAUGCCUUAGUCAUAACCCUAAGUCGCGGCCGACGAUGAGUACAGUGGUUAAGACCUUGGAGCCACUUAUGGUCCUGAAUGACAUUCCAGGACAUUUUGUGUAUGUUGUACCAAAACAAGGAGACAAGAAAGAAAGUUUAAACCAAGUUAAACAAAAGCAGCAAAUAGAUAAUAACAGGGCUAGACACAAUGCUUUACAUAGGAGGCUGAGUAAUGGAAUACAAGCUCCUGGUUAUGAUAGAUGAACAAGGCACGAAUUAAUGCUUCUUUUUGAAUAGGAAAAUGUACAUAUUAUAUACAAAGGUUUUUUUUUUUUUUUCCCUUGAAGUUUUUUUGACAACUAGAUUAAGAAAUAUACUCUUCUUUAGAAUGAAAAGUAAUGUAAUUAGUGAAUAUAGUACUCUCAAAUUAAAGAACAGAUUAAGUUUGUGUGUAAUAUUAAUUACUUCAAGUCAUAAUCAAAAAAGAGCAUAGGAGAUGAUGUAUAAAUUUGCAUUUAAUUAAGAAUUUCCUUGUACCUUCAUAUAUGUGUGUAUGAGUAAGCUUCAUAAAAAUCUAUAUUCCAAUUCAAUUCAAACCCAAUAUAAAUUUUGGUUAGUUUUCUUUUCAAUUAAUCGGAUUGAAUUUGAUCUUUUUGUU